UUCAAUGGGAUUGUGAAUGGAGAAUGCUGCAAGAUGGCGACUAAUGCAACUGCUACAAACUUACCAUCUUUUGAUUGUCCAACAUGGGCAGGCAAGCCCCCUCCAGGACUCCAUUUGGACGUGAUGAAAGGUGACAAAAUGGUCGAGAAACUGAUCAUCGACGAGAAGAAGUACUACUUAUUCGGGAGGAAUCCGGACAUGUGUGACUUCACCAUCGACCACCAGUCAUGUUCACGCGUGCAUGCUGCCCUGGUCUACCACAAGCAUCUGAAGAGGGUGUUCCUUAUUGACAACAACAGCACGCAUGGUACCUUCCUGGGACACAUCCGCCUGGAGCCCCACAAGCCUCAGCAGGUCCCCAUAGACUCCACCAUGUCGUUUGGGGCAUCCACACGAGCCUACACCAUCCGGGAGAAACCUCAGAGCCAGCAAGGAACCAAUGCCGCCACGGGGGACAGCAAGGCCGGGGAGGAUGAGGAGGGGUCUAAGGGUCUUUUAGGAUUACCAGAGGAGGAGACCGAGCUAGAGAACCUGACAGAGUUCAACACGGCCCACAACAAGCGCAUCUCCACCCUGACCAUCGAGGAGGGCAACCUAGAGAUCCAGAGACCCAAGAGGAAGAGGCGGAACUCCCGAGUCACCUUUAACGAGGACGAUGAGGUCAUCAACCCAGAGGACAUUGACCCCUCAGUUGGGCGCUUCAGGAACAUGGUGCAGACUGCUGUCGUCCCUAUAAAGAAACAGAAAAUGGAGAGGCACGGCUCACUUAGUAUGGACGAUGUUGUGACAAGGCGCAUCCACAACUACACCUUCGGCGGCGGCCUUUACGGGGACCUGCCACCCACCAGCCACGAGGGCCACCCUGCCGGGACCCCGAGCGGCGCCACUAUCCUGGGGGGUCUCCCGCUGCCCUUCCCCAACCCGGCCCCAGAGGUGAACCUAGCCCCUGACGCCCCCCAGCCACCUGUCACCCUCAACCCUGUCCCCAUCUCAGGCCCCUAUCCUUCCGAGGCCCUCAACGAGCCCCGCAAGAAAAAGUACGCCAAAGAGGCAUGGCCAGGCAAGAAGCCCACCCCCUCCCUACUAAUCUAACCUUCUCCCUACACUAUGGCUCUUUCUCAAUUCGUCUUUCGUCUAUUCCUUGCAUCAUCUCUCAUGCAUUGGAGAAUAUCGAAGAUCUCUCCUCUUGGACCUUCUCCAAUGUAUUUUAAGUCUGAGGCGAGGAGAGAGGACACAAGGAAUCCAGGAAAGACGAAUUGGGAAAGAGCCAAUGUGGUGUAGGCUGGGCUGACUCUCAGGGUAUGGGCGGAGACAUCAGGGACCAUGACCCGUUGGAGGCGGAUCGAUUUUACUUCUAAGACUGUUUUGGGAUUUUAUAGUUUUGUCAAUGUUUUCUACGUUACUUCUUCAUUCUCCUAAAGACUUCAGUAGCACAUUCCAUGAAGACAGAAACACCACUCCUUCGGGAGCUGAAUGUUUGAUACGUUUUACAAAUGAAGUCAUAUAAAAAAAGACAGUUCUUGGCAGACCAAGUCAGUUGGUCAGGUAAGAGUAACUUGUGGCAUAAAUCGGUGUCCCAUGGCCGUGAUAUAUUACCUCUAAUUGAUAGUCGGGCAUCGUGCAGGGAAGCAAACACGAAGCGGAUGUAACUUAGGAAAACAGCCCUAAUGUUGGAAACAAACAUCGUUGUCAUCCAGAUUCACAUGUAUUUAUUUUCCAAGCUGCAGCGCACAAUAUUACAGCAGGUUUUUAAAGGACCUGGUUCGUGUUAUCAUUUUUGCCAUGGGAAAAAUAUUACGAUACUGGUAUCAUCACAGCCUAAUUGUUAUAUGGUUGGUCACUGUGAGUUCCAUAUUACUAUCUCCACUUCCUUCUAUAAGGUCUCGAUGUUUGUUUGAAGUCAAUCUUUGGACGUAGUAUUUUUGCUCAAUGUAAACAUGCAUAUACAUUUCUUUUUGAAUAUCUAUUUGUUAAACUUGAAAUGUGAAAAAAACUGUUUUAUACAAGAUGGAUUAUUAUAGGAAUUGACAAAAGAUAUGUCCAUUUUUCUAAAGACGGAAUAGGACUAUAGGUUUAUAUUUUUACAGUGCUAUCAAGAUGAGUGCCGCGAGGAGGAGAGACUUUAAUGUUUAAUCAGUUUACAUUCACAAUCAAGCUCAGUAAUUAAAAAACAGUUAAUAGACUGCGCAGAGUAUUUUUAAAUACUGUUAGCCCAUUAUCAAAAAGAUACCAGUAUGACCUGUGAGUUGCAACUCUGCCUGAAUGUUAGUGAGUCCUGUAGUCCUCUAGAUGGCAAUAUGUACAAUGUAAAUUGGCCUGAUCUGAGUCACUGAUAAAAUGAAUUGGUCACAUGAGUUAAGACUAAGGUUCUCAGUUGGUGCAAUUUGAUGUUGAUUGAGUAUUGUUUUACAGGCCUUUUGAAAUGAUUCAAUUUCAUUUAUGGUACACAACAUGGUCUUGCAUCAAAGCACCCAUAAAAUGACUCAAUUGAGCUUCUUGAUGUUCAUAGAACUGCGUUAGUUUUCACACCAGGAUAAUUAAUUCUUAGGUUGCCCCCUUUACUGGUUAAUGAAACAUUUAUGUGAUAUUUGAGUGAACUUGCAAAAGCCAUGCUAUUUGUAUCAACUUUGUACUGAUCGACAGACCCGUGUGCCCAGACUUUUUGUCCCUCUUUCGGAUGAUAUUGGCUUUUUCUAUUCACAUAAUACACUGUAAAUAAAAAUGGAAUUUUGUCACAAA